GACAAUCGCAGAAGAUGGCGUCCUUGGCAGAAACCCUAAAAAAAUUUGAUUGAUCAGCAAAAAUCAAUUAAUCUCCAGAUGUCUGAACGAAACAAAAGAAUUGAUGAUCAACAACAAUUGUUCUGUCAGAUGUUGAAGCAAAUGGGGACGAUCGUCAAUGGAGCAUUAUCAGAGAAGGAUCAGGAUUGUGUGCGGCAAUUGGAUAAGGGUAAUCUGAGACAAAUCGAUUUCAACUUCAAUUCAGUUAUAGAAAUUCCCCAAUUUGAUGGAACUGAUGUUCGAAUCUGGAUUAUGAAGUGUGUUAAAUACUUUGAGUUGAACCAAACUUUGGAUGUGGAAAAAGUGGAUUUAGCUUCGAGUUAUAUGAUUGGGAAGGCUAGAUUUUGGUUUAAUAGCUAUAUUGUAGGCAGACCUAACAUCUGUUGGGAAGAUUUGGUGAUAGAUUUGAGUACUAAAUUCAGGGAUGACCUAAGUGAAAGCACAUUUGAGGAGUUUAGCAGAUUGAAUCGAAUAAGGAGUCUGGAGGAUAAUGGUGACAGAUCUGAAGAACUAAAGGCUUGUAAGAGGUUGAAGAAUCCACUGCUACCAGGGAAUCGCACUUUGUACAACUUCAUAGGAGGACUUAAACCACAUAUAAAGACAAUUGUAAUGACCUCCAAGCCUAAGUUCUUAUCAGAAACCACUAAAUGUGAGGGGAUUCUUUGGAAUCAAGAAGAAACUGAGCAUGUUAUUAAAGGAAAAGGAAGAAUUCCUAAGCUAGUGUUUAAUACUAAUCAAGCCUUGCCACCUACCCUUACUGUGGAUGCUAUCAAGACCGUACUUGCAGUAAGUCAGCCCAAGUCUAUGCCAAAUACAAAGGGAUUAAACUAUUAUUUUGAGAAACCCUUUGAGAGGGAACACAUGAGCAUUGAGAAGGCGAAUCAACUAUUUGUAGUGGAGGAAGCUAGAGAUACUGACUUAGAGGAAAAGCCAAUACACUCUGAUUUAGGUUAUCAAUUGGAGAGGGACAACCCUUCUAUUUUAGUAAAUGCUUACACUGAAUCAAAGGAAGAAUUGUUGCAACCCAGUUCAGACUGCCAACUGGAGGUUACUUCCUCAUGGAGGGUUGAUGAAGGUAGUCCACAAAUGGAUGCUUCACCUUACAAGUACCCAAUCAAGAAAAGGGAAAAGAUUGAACAGUUGACUAUGAUGUUAUAUGGUGGUGUAGUGCAAAAUAGCUGCAACCUUGAUGACUCUCUAGUGGUAUUAGUGGGGAAGCUACCAAAGGCAAAGGGCGAGGAUACUAUAAUUGAAAUUGUAGAUAGGAUGAAUGGGUACACUCAUUACAUGGCACUAACUCACCCUUAUACUGCGGUAGAGGCAGCCCAAUAUUACCUCGCAAUUCACGGGGUUGACUUGCAAAGGACUUUCUCCUAUCAUUCCCAACUAAAUGGAUUAAAUGGAAUGCUUAACGAGGUAGAAACUGUAAGGGAGUGUCCAGUCCCCACCAAAGAGAAAGAGUUAGUAGCAGUGGUACAUGAUGAUAUGCUGCAAACAACAAAAGUUGCAGGAUGUUAUGGGCAGCUGCCAGUACACAUCCUAAAUGCUGGGCCAGUAAAAUGGGAAUGUAGUAAGAUGAGAAUGGAGUUUAUAGACAGAGGCAGUAGUCAAGUUCUAAGGAAAAUGAUACACCAGGUUACAGUACCACAAGUGUCACUUCCUAUAGUUCAAGGGCUGUUGGAGGUACUUACUGACUCUAGCAAGAUAGGAGCUGUAAAGGGAUGUCAAAACCCCACCAAUGAGAAGGAAUUGUUGACUUUAGCAAUGGUACUUGCUAGGCAGUGGUGUACUCAUUUUAUGAAACUGAAUCACCCUUAUAUUGUCGUGGAAGUAGCUCAAUGUUACCUUGCAAUACAUGAGGUGAUCACCAAGAUGGAAACUAUAAUGGGGUGGCCAACACUUACCUCUGAGAAAGAGCUGCAAAUGGCAUUGCUCCCAAUCCACCAAUCCAUUAUCAUCCAAACGGAUCAAAAGAGCUCCAUAUGGCUAUUAGAAGGCAAAGCGACAAUGCCUUGCCUACAGUUUUGGUUAUCCAAUCUAAUGAGUUAUAUUUAUGGGGUUCAUUACAAACAAGGACAUGAAGAGGGGCAAGAUCAGCUGAGGAGGAGCUCUUCUCUGUUGGAUGAUAUCAAACGAAGUUGGUUUCUUGGCCCUAAACUGCAGGAAUACAAUCAGCAACUCCAGACAUCACAAAUCUCUACUAAGAUGUGGAAUUGGAGAGAGGUUUUUAGGGGCUUCGUAGUGAGACUGCCAAAAUCUCAGGUGAUUCCAAUAACCAUCCUCAACUUUGAGCUAUUUGGAAGAAACCCGAAACAGAUGCUGGUUAAGAGAAUUUGGGAUCCAGGUAUCUCGGCCCUUCCCAAGUUCUGUCCAAAGAGGGUGCAAUGGAAGCAACUUAGACAAACUGAAUGGAUCAACAAGCAUUUGGAAACCUACCUCAGGGGGGUGUGCUUCCACAAUCCAAAGCCUUGCUUGUCUGGAGAAACUAAUGUGAAGAUAGUGGACAGGUCCUUACAGCAGGGGGAGGAUAUAGCUAUGUUUAACCAAUUGAAAUGGCAGUUACAAAGGGCACAAAGCCAAAUGCAGCUGUUAGCCCGUCACUUAAGUCCAGUAAAAGAUGGGGCUUGCCUUUUGGACCUUUUUCAUGUCAUUUCUAAAGAGGGAAAGGUGGUCUACAAGCUUCAUCUUCCACCCAACUUUAAGACUCACUCUCAGCCUAAAGCUAAUAAGAUUUCUGAAAAGAGCAAACACACAAGGGGUGCCGUUCUAGUGAGUUGGCAAGAGAUUCUAGUGGAAGAAACAACGUGGGAGUGGUCUGUUGAUUCCAUGAAGAAGGUUCCAACGUUCAGCUUUGAGGACAAAGCUUUGGCUAAGGGGGAAGGAAUGAUGCGGGCUUUAGUCAAUUACUGUUAUUCCUUAAUUCUAUUUUUUAACCCAUGUUCUUUUACUUAUUGUAAGUGAAUGAGUUGGUUUCUACCGUGUGUGUAAGGGGUGCCUAUGUAAGGCUGGAACUCCAUUGAUAUGGUAAUCAGAAUACAUUUUGAGAUAUUUU